AUGUAAAGAUUUAACAAGUACUUAAGAGGACUGAGAGAUGAAAUAAUAGAUGAAAAAUUAUCCUAAAAAUAAUAUAGAUUGUUGAAAUUUCAAAAAUUAAUAGGAAUAAUAAUUAUUUCAACUUUUGGUAUAACAAGUGUAAUUAUUUGAUUCUUAAAAUUUUAAGUUAGCAUUUUAUAAAUUAAGUAAUAAGAUAGAGAAAUAAAAAUAGGAAAGUUUUGAUGAUAAUAAUAAUGAGGAUGUACUUAUUGAAGCAAAACUAUUGCUUGAUUAAAAAUAACAUGAAUCCAGCAUAAAAAAAUGA